UAGUAUGACAGUCACAUCCUCCACAUUGUGUUGAGCUUCACACAGCUGUCAAAGCCUCCAGGAACCUGAAGGAGAACCCAGAUCUUCUAGAAAACAUGGACUUCAACGGAACAUGGCAGGUCUACUCCCAGGUGAACUACGAGGAGUUCCUCAGGGCCAUGGAACUCCCAGAGGAGGUCAUCAAGAUGGCCAAAGACAUCAAACCAAUUACUGAGAUCAAGCAGAAAGGCAAUGACUUUGUUGUCACCUCCAAGACCCCUGGAAAGUCUGUGACCAACUCCUUUACCAUCGGCAAGGAGGCUGAUAUCAACACCAUGGACGGCAAGAUGCUCAAGUGCAUUGUCAAUCUGGAGGGUGGCAAACUGGUCUGCAACACCGGCAAGUUCGUCCACAUCCAAGAGCUCAAGGGAGGAGAGAUGGUUGAGACUUUGUCCAUGGGCUCAACAACUCUCAUCAGGAAGAGCAAAAAGAUGUAAACUUGGCAGCGAAGGAACAAAUAUCUAUUUAAAUAAAAGUGUUGCUUGAUAA